CACUGUCGCCAUCGUGCCGUCUGAGACAGGAAGUACGUCACAUUCCUUUUCCGUCGCAGCCCCGGCGCCUGAAACACGAGUGUUCACCUUUUCUGUUUUUACGGGAGCCACAGUGAAUAUAUUGGACCUAGUAAGCUGAGAAAAAUGAAACCCAUCCUGCUCCAGGGCCAUGAGAGGUCCAUCACUCAAAUAAAGUACAAUAGAGAAGGAGACCUGCUGUUCUCUGUAGCUAAAGACACGGUAGCCAACGUGUGGUACUCUGUCAACGGCGAGAGGCUUGGCACCUACAAUGGACACACAGGAGCUGUGUGGUGUGUCGACUGCGACUGGGACACUAAAAAUGUAUUGACGGGAUCAGCAGACAACAGCUGCCGACUGUGGGACUGUGAGACCGGUAAACAGCUGGCCCUGCUCAACACCAACUCUGCUGUCAGAACGUGCGGCUUCGACUUCAGCGGCAACAUCAUCAUGUUCUCCACAGACAAGCAGAUGGGUUACCAGUGUUUCCUGAACUUCUUUGACCUGAGGGAUCCACAGCAGAUUGAGGACAACCAGCCCUACCUGUCGAUACCUUGCAGCGACCACAAGAUUACCAGUGCUGUGUGGGGACCUCUGGGAGAGUUUGUCAUUGCCGGCCAUGAAAACGGAGAGUUGAACCAGUUCAGCGCCAAGUCUGGAGAUAUCCUGAAGGCGGCCAAGGAGCACACCAAGCAGAUCAAUGACAUCCAGACAUCAGUGGAUCUCACCAUGUUCAUCAGUGCCUCCAAGGACAACUCUGCCAAGCUGUUUGACUGCGCUACUCUGGAUCACAUCAAGACUUUCAAGACAGAGCGACCGGUCAACUCCGCCGCCAUCUCCCCCAUUAUGGAUCAUGUGGUGAUGGGAGGCGGUCAGGAGGCCAUGGAGGUCACCACUACCUCCACCAGGAUCGGCAAGUUUGAGGCCAGGUUCUUCCAUGCUGCCUAUGAAGAGGAGUUCGGCAGGGUCAAGGGUCAUUUCGGCCCCAUUAACUGUGUGGCAUUCCACCCUGAUGGCAAGAGUUACAGCAGUGGAGGAGAAGAUGGAUACGUAAGGAUUCAUUACUUUGACCCACAGUACUUUGACUUUGAACUGGAGGCAUAAACAGUCAGGUUCUUCAACCCCACAGCUUCAACUAACAUCACACUCAGUCAAGUUAGGAAGAAGCAACAAUGGACUAAAGUGCAUUUACAGUUUUGACCACCUCGCCUCCUUCCCUUUAUCUGAACUGAUCUGAAGUCGAAGGUACAGGUCAGAGUUGUCAGUGAUUAUUUUUGGCCCGUAUAAAUUACUACAAAUAAAGGAAAAGAGGUCAGAAGUGGUGACUGCAUCUCAGUGACGAGGAUGGUGUCUUUUUAGUCAUUUUUCUAACAUCACUUGGAAACUGUUGGUGGGAUCAGAAGUCAUUUUUAUACCCUGGAACUGCAAAGAUAUCGUGACUGGACUUUUAAGACCCACACUCCCUGAGUCUAUUUAAUCUAAUUCUACAAAUGAGUAAAAUGAGGUAUUGAUAUACUUUCUGUUGUAAGCCAUUCCAGUACAAGUCACCAUAAAACUACUUACUGAA